AUGGAACCCAUACAUGCGGAUGGCGAGGUGAUCAAUCCUCAGGAUGUCUACGAUGUAGAUGGCGUUGAUGAGCCUAUGGAUGGAGAGCCACAGGUGAUAGCUGAAGACCUAGACCAAGCUGCCGAGGAAGAAGACGAACUGGAGGACAUGGAUCUAGAUUCUGACGAAGACGAUGGGGAAGUAGCAGAGGUAGGAUCGGAUGUAGAGAUAGGACCCGAUGAUGAGUUAGGGCUUUAUCUUGACCCAGAGCUUGAACCGGAUACUGAAGACGAAGAGGCAGCAGCAACGGAUAUGGAUUCCGAAGAGUUCGAGCCUCAAGAGGAACCAGCAGAGGAGUCCUCAGAAUCAUCGGAUCCGGAUUGGGAGCCCUAG